UAGUUUAGUUUAUUUACUAAAUUCGAGUAGUAAACACAACGCGCAAGAAACUCUAAAACAUGAAAUACUUAUUGAUUUUGUUGGCUUUAAUGCCCUUGGCUAUGGGCGGUGGUGAGCCCCGCGAUGAGGUCCGUGCCCUGAUUGAAGCAAAUGAUCGAUCAAUUUCAAGUCAAAUUGUGGAUUUUAUAGAAAGUAAGAAACAGCAGAUGCCCUGCGGUUUCCCUGGCUUGGGUAUUCCUCCAUUGGCCCCCCUAAAGGCUUCGCAUAAAGAUAUUCACAUUAACGCUGGAUCGAUUCAAGCCCAUGGCGAAGUUAACAAUUUCCGUAUGGAUGGUUUAGAUGACUUCGAUAUCGUUCAAUUCAAACUCAGCACCUUAAUCAGUAAACUUACAUUCGAGUUUAACUGGAAUCAUGUCUAUUUAAAUACCGACUAUGUCAUGGCCACCAGUUUGGAUAACUUUAAGGUAACCCGCUCUGGUUUGGCUAAAUUCGCACUUAAAAAUCUGCGAGUCUGGGGUGAUGCAAAAUACGCUAUGGGUAUUUUUGGUGGAACUUUGAAAUUGAAGACAUUCAAUAUGUACAUGAGUGUGGGUGAGGUCAAAUCAGAAAUCGGAGGACUUUCCAAAUAUGGCAUUAUCAACAAGAAACUGAAUGAAGUCGUCGAGGAAUGGGUUUAUUUGGCUAUUAACGACAACACCGAUAACAUGUCCGAUCUGACCAAUGGAUAUUUGGUACCAUUAGUCAAUAAUUUGAUUGGUGAUAUGACAUUGUCGGAUUUGUUAGGCUUGAUUGGUGGAGGUGGUGGUGGCGGCGGCGACGAGGGUGAAAAGGAAGUUUGUGUACCACCAACAGAUGCCUAAACCUAAGAUAUACCGAAAAACUUUUAUACAUUUUAAUGUCUUCAGCUAUGAAGACAUAUAGUAAGAAAAUAUAAAGUGUGCAAUAUUGUUAAACAAAUCAA